CUACCCCCAACCCCACCGUCAUGUCCGUAACGACGACGACGACAAAGCAGCUCGCCCCGCCCACCACUGUGGGCAUUCUCCGCCCUACCAUCCAGCGCGAGCCAGAGGCCGUUGGCCAGCGCAUCGCACCCUCCCUCCAGUACCAUGGCCGCACGCUCGACGUCGUCGAGGAGAAGAUGUACCAGAAGCGCAAGUGGGCCUACCUUCGCGGCGCGUACGAAAACACCAAGGCGAUGGGCAUCAUGCCGCACGUGAUUCUCAUGGCCAUGACCAUCAUCUUCAACAAGUCGCCGCUCGCGCCAAUGCUCUACACCUGGCUCAACUCGUACGACCAGUGGACCAUCUGGGUGGUUGUAUCCGCCACAAUCUUCACCGUCACCGAAAUCGCCGUCAUCGCCCUCUUCACCUACCUCGACCUGUGCCAGCCGCAGUGGAUCGCAAAGUACAAGGUCCAGCCCAACAAGCACAGCACGUGGAAGGACAUCAAGAAGGCCAUCCCCACCGUCGCGUUCAACAUGUUUGUCGUCAACACGCUGUCGAAUCUCGCGUUCGUGCACCUGGCGCGCUGGCGCGGCAACUCGACGCGCUUCGAGGACCUGCCUGGCGGCUGGAAACUGUUUGGCCAGUGGUUCGUCUGCCUGAUGGCCGAAGAGGUCGGCUUUUACUUUGUCCAUCGCGCGCUCCACCACCGCUCAGUCUACAAGCACAUCCACAAGCAGCACCACGAGUACAAGGCCCCCUCAUCCAUCUCGGCGACGUAUGCGCACCCUAUCGAGUACUACUUUUCCAACAUUAUGCCGAUUGUGGUGGGGUUGAUUAUCACCGGAGGCCACUGGUCGCUGCAGAUGAUGUUCUUCCACGGCCUCAUGAUCGGCACCCAUGCCCACCACUCGGGGUACAAUCUUCCAUUCCUCACCGUCGCUCUCCCGCACGACUGGCACCACUACUACACCAACGAAAACUUUGGCGCCAUCGGCCUGCUCGACGGCAUCUUCAAGACCGACACGGUGUACAAAGCGUGGAUUGCGAGUGUGCAGAGCGAGUUUGAGAAGACCAAGGUGAAGGGCGGUGCCAAGCAUGUCAUGUACCACGAGGUGGCUGCCGAGAUUCUGAACCGGUAUGAAGAUGAGCAGGAGGCCGAGGAGCUGGCGAAGUGAAGUAAAGCAG